AUGUUACUAAUUCAUUCCCCACAUCCUCCCAAGUUCAGAAGCAACCUGCCAGGCACUGGAGCCCAAAUGAAGGCUUCGGCCCCUGGCUGCCCCUGUGGCCUCGCGCCGGUGCUCUUCUUGCUGCUGGCUGCGCCCCCGACAGCGGCCACCCAGAAGAAUGGCAUCAACAUCUACAGCCUCACCGUGGACUCCAAGGUCUCGUCCAGAUUUGCCCACACAGUCGUCACCAGCAGGGUGGUCAACAGGGCCAAUAUUAUGCAGGAGGCUACCUUCCAGGUGGAGCUGCCCAAGAGAGCCUUCAUCACCAACUUCUCCAUGGUCAUCGGAGGUGUGACCUACCCAGGGAACAUCAAGGAGAAGGCUGCAGCCCAGGAACAGUACAGCGCAGCUGUGGCCAGGGGCGAGAGCGCUGGCCUCGUCAAGGCCAGCGGAAGAAAGACGGAGCAGUUCCAGGUGUCGGUCAGUGUGGCUCCCGCUGCCAAGGUCACCUUCGAGCUGGUGUAUGAGGAGCUGCUCAAGCGGCAUCUGGGAGCAUAUGAGCUGCUGCUUAAAGUCCAACCCCAGCAGCUGGUCAAGCACCUGCAGAUGGACAUUCACAUCUUUGAGCCUCAGGGCAUCAACUUUCUGGAGACAGAGAGCACCUUCAUGACCAACGAACUGGCAGACGCCCUCACCGUCUCGCAGAACAAGACCAAGGCUCACAUCCAAUUCAAGCCCACGCUCUCCCAGCAAAAGUCACCAGGGCAGGAGGACACAGUCCUGGAUGGCAACUUCAUCGUCCGCUACGAUGUGCACCGGACCGUCUCCGGGGGCUCCAUUCAGAUCGAGAGUGGCUACUUUGUGCACUACUUUGCCCCUGAAGGCCUGCCCACUAUACCCAAGAAUGUGAUCUUUGUCAUUGACAAAAGCGGCUCCAUGAGAGGCAGGAAGAUCCAGCAGACCCGGGAAGCCUUAAUCAAGAUCCUGGAUGACCUCAGCCCCAACGACCAGUUCAAUCUUGUCAGCUUCAGCGGGGAGGCGGCCCAGUGGAAGCCCUUGCUGGUGCCGGCCUCAGCCGAGAACGUGAACCAGGCCAGGAGCUAUGCUGCCAGCAUCCAGACCCAAGGAGGGACCAACAUCAACGACGCGAUGCUGAUGGCCGUGCAGCUGCUGGACAGUGCCAACCAGAAGGAGCUGCUUCCAGAGGGGAGCGUCUCCCUCAUUAUCCUGCUCACCGACGGCGACCCCACCGUGGGGGAGACCAACCCUGCAAGGAUCCAGAAGAACGUGAAGGAAGCUAUAGAUGGCCAGUACAGCCUCUUCUGCCUGGGCUUUGGCUUCGACGUCAGCUUUGCCUUCCUAGAGAAGCUGGCGCUAGACAACGGCGGCCUGACUCGGCGCAUCUAUGAGGACUCGGACUCCACCCUGCAGCUGCAGGACUUCUACCAGGAAGUGGCCAACCCACUGCUGACAGCAGUGACCUUUGAGUACCCCGGCAACGCGGUGGAGAAGGUCUCACGGGACAACUUCCGGCUGCUCUUCAAAGGCUCUGAGAUCGUCGUGGCCGGGAAGCUCCGGGACCAGAGCCCCGAUGUGCUCUCAGCCAAAGUCAGGGGGCAGCUGCACAUGCAGAGCAUCACCUUCCAAACGGAGUCCAGCGUGGCGGAGCAGGAGAAGGAGUUCCAGAGCCCCAAGUACAUCUUCCACAGCUUCAUGGAGAGACUCUGGGCAUACUUAACCAUCCAGCAACUGCUGGAGCAAAUGGUUUCGGCAUCCGAUGCUGAGAAGCAGGCCCUCGAGACCCGAGCUCUGAACUUGUCGCUCCAGUAUUGCUUUGUCACUCCCCUCACGUCCAUGGUGGUCACCAAACCUGAAGGCAAAGAAUGGUCUGAAGUUGCUGAGAAGCCUGUGGAAACCAAAAACAAACACAGGAACUUCUACUUAGGUGGUCCACUGUCUAGAUUUCGUACCGCUGGAGACAGAAGGUCCAGAAUAACAGCUGGACCCUCUGGGAAGACACCUAGUGACUUAUGGAGAGCCGGACCACAAGGACCUCUUAAUUCUCCUCAUCCUUACCCACUUAUGGCUGGAAAAUCACUGCUACCGGACAUGUUGUUAGCCCCCUCCAUUCCUGACGAAGUGUUUCGUGGUGUGGAUUUAAGAGCCAAAGAUGCCCCCCAGGCCAGAGUCCCUGCAGUAGCUUCAGACCCUAUAACAGGGAGAAUCUGGGAGAGGAAAGCCUCGGGGAGCUCUACAGACUUGUCACAAUCAGCCAAGACAGCCUCACCCCCAGGUCUGUUGCCAGCCUCCCUUAGGCCUGGUCCCCGCCUUGUCCUUGUCUCCCAGCCUGCUCUGCCUACCCUGGGAACCACAGCUGCUGUCCCAGCCCCCAUCCAGGCACCUGCCGUCAUCCUGAUGCUGCCCGGACAGAGCGUGGACCGCCUCUGUGUGGACAUCAAGCACUCUCAGGGGCCGAUGAACCUGCUCUCAGACCCUGACCAAGGGGUUGAGGUGACUGCCCAGUACGAGACAGAGAAGGCCCAGUUCUCGUGGAUUGAGGUGACCUUCAAGAACCCCCAGCUGCAGGUCCGUGCCAUCCCUGAGCAUGUGGUAGUGACCCGGAACCGAAGAAACUCUGGCUACAAGUGGAAGGAGACGCUGUUCUCGGUGAUACCUGGCGUCAAGCUGACCAUGGACAAGGCGGGGCUCCUGCUGUUAAGCAGCCCGGACAGGGUGACCAUCGGCCUGCUACCCUGGGACGGCCCCGGGGAGGGGCUCCGGCUCCUUCUGCGGGACACCGACCGCUUCUCCAGCCGCGUUGGCGGGACCCUCGGCCAGUUUUACCAGGACGUGCUCUGGGGGCCUCCGGCAGCGGCAGAUGACAGCAAGCGAAUGCUGAGGGUUCAGGACCUUGAGUACUCUGCCACCAGGUUGCUCAAGCUGGAUUACCAAGAGGGGUCUCCAGGAACAGAGAUUUCCUGCUGGUCCGUGGAGCUGUAGUUAUGAGGGAGUGGUGAAACCCCCCCCCCCCCGCCACAUGCCGCACAAAGGUGUGCAGAGGACUGCCACCCUGUGACCGGAGGGCCGCCCAUGGGGCCUGGGCUGCGAUGGGGAGGAUAUUUUGACUCAUUACAAUAAAAACAGUUGCUGUAAGCCCAGGCAAUGGGCAUCUCUG